AUGCCGCAAGUAUCACCGCAAGUGGUGGCGAAGGAGGCGCGGGCGGCGCCGGCGAGCGAGCGCCCGCCGGACCCGGAGCAGCACCCGUCGUGGCGCCUGCUGGAGCACGCCCGCUGCGGCCUCAGCGCCGCCGACCGCAUCAUCGGCGGCAAGAACGCCGCGCUCGGCGCCUACCCGUGGAUCGCUCGCAUCGGAUACAUCAGUACGCUCUCCCCGAAGGCGGUGUUCCGGUGCGGGGCGGCGCUCAUCAGCAGCUACUACGUCGUGUCGGCGGCGCACUGCGUCACCAACCUGCCGGGCGGGCUCGAGGUGGGCCUGAUCCGGCUGGGAGAACACAACACGCGCACCGACCCCGACUGCGAGGACGGCGUGUGCGCCGAACCCGUGCAGGACUUCCGGCCGUCCGAGGUGCUGAUGCACGCCGAGUACGACCAGUCACCCUUCAAGCACGACAUCUCCCUCAUACGCCUCGACAGGGCCGUCACGUUCCACGAUUUUGUGAUGCCGAUAUGUAUGAUCCAUGGAAAACUGUUAACAAAGAACUAUGUGGGAGAACCAACAGAAGUCGCUGGAUGGGGAGUUUUCGAUAUCGAGGACCCGCGGCCGAGCCCCAUCCUGCAGACGAUCACGCUGCGCGUUGUGUCGAACGCGGAGUGCGCGCCGCGCUUCGAGAUGUACGCGGAGGUGGGGCCGACGCAGAUGUGCGUGGGCGGCGUCGUGGGGCAGGACUCGUGCGGCGGCGACAGCGGCGGCCCGCUGAUGAAGGUCGAGGCGCUGGACGGCCCGCCGCGCUACUAUUUGCUCGGCGUCGUCUCGUUCGGCUCCAAGCGCUGCGGCGCCUCCACCAUGCCCGGCGUCUACACGCGCAUGGCCGACUACGUCCACUGGGUGCUGGAUAACAUGCACGAGUGA